AUGAAAAGUCUGCAGAUCGCUGCCUGCUUCUUCUCUUCUGCGAGCCUCUUUUUGCUCAUUGUUGCCCUGGUUUCAGACUACUGGAUAGUGGAUUCAGACCAAAGCAAACAUGCAGGAUUGUGGCAAAUGUGUCGUGAUAAUGCUUGUGGAUCAUUUGGGAUGAAUGUUCUAGCUUAUAUCCACGUCACUCGAGCCUUCCUGUUAAUUGCAAUGGUUGCCGGCGCUGUUUCCUUCUUUGGCCUUUGUGCCUCGUUUUUCUACACCCACGUUGGCUCCAUUUCCAUAAAGGUUCUUGUCGUGUCGGCCAGCUUUGUAGCAGGUGUUUGCUCCAUGACUGCCAUGUCCACAUUCACAGGAGUGUACAGUCAACAGUUCCCAUAUGGGUGGUCCUUUGCUAUUGGAUGGACCUCGUCCCCUCUCUUUCUUUUAACCGGUGGGCUUGCUUGGAUAGAUGCUGAAGCAAAAGAGGAUCUGGAUUCAGUGGCUGGUCUAAGAAGGGGAAAGCACCAGUCUUUUCUGCAAGGCAGAGAGCAGACCCCACCUCACCCUGACCUGAAUGAAGGGGAACAAGACCCUCAACAGGAGCAAAAUGGUCAGAGAGGGUCUUGA